AUGUUCUUUUACUCACCUGGAGUGCAGUUGAUAGUACCAAAAGGAUGUAGUUUACGUCAUUCUUCGAGUAUCCCAAUGGUUCGACCGAUACGAAUGAUUGGUAUUGUGCAUAAGGUGUUUGUAGAGAGAGGUUAUGGCUUUAUUCUUGCCGCACCUCCACCUGUUUCGUUACUAAAACCCUUAACUUCUUCAAGAAGAGUAGAUGGUGACUCAACUGGAUUGAAUGAACAGCAGAUGGUCUCUCAAAAAGAUCCUAUAAGUGUUUGGUUUCCACUUAAUUCCAAAAGUGGUGGCCGUCUUGGUAAGCCAGAGGAGUUAAGAGAAGGUUCAGUCUCUUCUUUUCCCUCGCGUGGGUCUUAUGUGACCUUUACUGCGACUUGUCACCACGACGCGGCCAAGCAGGUGUGUGUGUGGCGAACACAAGAAGUGAAGCCCUGCGAUGUGAAGAAAAAGUUGCAGGCAGCGUUGCGAACGGCUCGAGAUCCCCGAUGGGAUCGCAUCACAGCAGAGGACGUGGCGAAGGCAAAUAGAGAGAUUGCAUGGUACUUCGCUGCUGAAAAACCGGUUUCUCUGCAAUCUCCACAGAGAGCGCAAGUUAGUGAAGAUAGUGCCAUCUCUACUGCGGCAUUACUAGAGGAUGACACGGACACGGAGGAGCAGCGGUCACAGAUGAGCCAAGAGAGAAUGCGCAGGCGUUUACACAAGAUCAAUGAGAUGGCAAGAAGGUUUGUAGUGUCUGAGACGGAUUUGCGACGACCUUUGCUGUGGAUGCGGAAUGUUGGUGGUUGCUCGAUUGAUAAUGAGGAGAAUAAGGGAAGCGUAAAUCACUUCUCUAAAUUCUCAGAAGAUGAGAAAAAGCGUUGGGAACGUGUGCAACAAUAUUUGAAUGAGCAAUAG